UUCAAUGAUUGUUCUGAAAUUUAUAAAAAAAAAAAAAAACACAUUUUCUGUCAUAAAUCAUUUCAAUUUAAUCCAAUUCAAUCCUUGCAAUUUUUUUGUCAAUUUAGCUGUUGCAACUGAUACUCUAACAGUGUUUUAUUCUAUGCAUCUCUUUACCAAAUUGCCCCUGCUCAAAGUUGAAAUUCUAUAGUCACUUUUUAAUUUUUUUUUUGUUCUGGGUGUUUUUCUUAUCUGUGUUUUGUUUCAAUUGCGCGAGGUGGGUUUUUCUAGGGUUUGGAGGCUAUGCCGAAAGCGGGUUGAAUAAGCUCAGGAAUGUGAGAUUUUGUGGGUGGUACUUGACAUGGAUUGAGGAAUGAAGCGACUUUGUCAUGUUAUUUGGUUGGCGAUUGUGUUGUUGCUAGGAAAUUUUCGAAAAUGUGUUUCUCAGUUGCCCCAAGUCCUGAUUAGUCUUUCCCCCCAAGUGUUUGGAUAUAUUCUAUGUUGUGGAGUAUCGGUGUUAGUCGAGGCUGGGCACUUCAUGGACGAUUUAAGGGAUCUGGGACAGUUUGAACUCCUAGGUGAAGAAAAUGAUUCUCACAAAGCAGUACCGAUGCAUACACUCAGCUAGCUGUCAAUGUACUAAAGGGCAUUUAAGUGAAGAUGUGAUAUUCUUAGUAUUUCAUAAUUUGAAUUGGAAUCCCAAGCUAAUUGCUACUCUAUCAUGUGUGUGCAAAUGGUUUGAUGAUCUUGCCAAGCGAGUUCUAUGGAAAGAGUUUUGUAGAACAAGAGCUCCGAAAAUGUUGUGUGAUCUGCAAUCUAAUGGGAGCCACAUUGUUGAUGGGAACUGGAGGGCCCUAGGGAAGCUUCUUAUAUACUGUUCAGGAUGCACAAAAGGUGGCUUGUUCAAUAGCAUUCAGAUCCCUGGUCACUUUGUUUAUCAGACACGAUUUUCUAGAACAUCAGGAAAGAGCUUUCUUUUGCCACAAUGCAGAACUGAUGUUUUGUAUGUGUCUGAUCCUUGUGAGCAUCUUGACCAAGGUGAAGAAGGAGAUGUAGGAUUCUUCCGUGGCAUUUUCAAGUCAUUUGCAACCUCAAAGGUCAGGAAGAUGCUUAUUAAUAAAGGUGCCAAGCUCCAUCCAACAGAAGUCUGCCCUUAUUGUAAGGCAAAGUUGUGGAGCAUGCUGCAAGCCAAAAUGAUCCCUCAAAGUGCUAGUUGCAGGUUGGGUUCUUAUGAUGAUUGUAUUGAGUAUUAUGUGUGCCUCAACGGCCACAUGCUUGGGAUAUGUACACUGUUACCAUUGUCUGAUUCAGAAGAGGCAUCUGAAUUGGAGUAAUACCUAAAUGAUUUUCAGGACACUUCCUGUUAUCUUUGGACAGGUUGGCAGUAAAUCUUUACAAGUUGGCUAAACACUGCUGUUAUACUCCAGGCUCAAUUCAACUAAUCAGCACCUAAAAUAUGCCAUUAACUUACCCUCAAGCUUGAUGCUGCAAUCUCACCCAACCCAAGCCACAAUUUCCAAGGAAGGACGGAGAUGAUCAAUUUUUAGUAUGAAUCGUUAUACUGAAGUUUGUUACUGUGAACUAUGUGAUAUCCCAUGUAGAUUGAUACGCGGUGUCUCUACCUGUGACAAAUAUGCGUGUGUAAUAAUUCAUACUUGUUCAAUAUAAUCAGGAUUCAUUCUAUAUCA